AAUGAACUUCCUUCUUUCAGAGUUUCUCUUCCUCAAAAUCUCUAUAUGAGAAUCAAAUUGUCUUCAUGUCUUUACUAAACUCAAACAGCUUCACAAACACAGACAAGAUGCUGAUAAUAUUCAUCAAUCUCUUCACUCUUCUCUCAUGUGUCAGUUCAGCUAAAGUCGUCACACAAAAACCCUCAGUACUGACACAAGAAAAAGGAAAAUCUGUGACUAUGGACUGUAAUAUAGGAAAAUAUCAGGGCAACUAUGUUCCUUGGUAUAAACAGCUUCCAAAUGCAGCUCCUCAGUAUGUGUUGAGACACCAUCCUUCUCAUAGCUCUCCUGACGAGUAUGGUGCCAGUUUUUCAUCCAGCCGUUUCACAUCUAAAAAAAUGUCAGAUCUUGACUAUCAGCUGAUCAUCAAUAAUGUAGAUGUGAGAGAUUCAGCUGUGUAUUACUGUUACAACUGGGAUGACUCUGGUGAAGGCGUAUUCGGACAAGGAACAAAACUCAUUGUGACCGAUUCAGGUGUUUCUCCUCCUGUUGUGAAGAUUUUUCCUCCAUCCAGUGAAGAUGUGAGCUCCAGUAAAGUGACUCUGGUGUGUUUGAUCAAUGACAUGUCUGUGGGAUUUGCUGAUGUGAGUUGGUUUGUGAAUGGAAACUCAGUUACUGAUGGCGUCUUCACCGGAUCUGCUGAACAGCAGCCGAAUGAGAAAUUCAAGUUGAGCAGUUAUUUAACCAUUGAGAGAUCAGAGUGGGAGAAAGACAAAGAUAUCACAUGUAAAGUGACUGCUGCUGGAAAGAUCACAAACACAAAGAUCAAGAAAUCUGAAUGCAAUUAAUAAAUGCCAAGUAUACUGCCUUGUCCUUGUUUUUGUAGUUUUUUUUUUUUCAAAAGUGUGUAGUAGAAAACAAAGAUAUAGGCAAUAUUUAAGAAUUAAUCUGAGAAGCUUAAUUUCUCUGGCAAUAUGUUUUGUCUUAAAAAAAUGUGGGAAUUUCUUUAUAAAUUAUCCUUGUACAUUAUUGUGCUUUUUGAUCUGAAAUAAACUGCAUAAUUCAUAAA